AUGGUAGCCAAAACAAUUCAACAAUCAAGUGCUCAUCACCAAGGCUUGAACAGCAUGUUGGUGGAACAUGGUGAGAUUUCGGGGUCUGUUGCUGGAUGUUCCAAACCUUCACUGAACAAGACUCGCAAAUUCAAGACAAAGAAUCAAUGCGUAUUACAACUUACUCCUCUCGUGAUUGAUAAAAGAAUCAAGCUCGAAAAGAUGGCUGUCUUGGUGUCGGAAUACCACAGCAAUACAAAUCAGAGUUCGAACGAGGCUCAUCUUCGAGAUGAAACUGCUUCCAACUCGGGCUCGCUUUACUUUGUGGAGGAUAGCUUGAAAUCUGCUAGCUCUUCAGAUUAUGAUGAUUUUGUGAUUGUGUAA